UCCAAGAUGGCAGCGCCCGUCAUACAAACAUGCCAUGUCGCAUGUUGUGCAAAUAGAACUCCUAAAGUCGUAUCUUGGAGCAAAAGAGGCCUGAUUGCUUUCGGGACAUGCCAUUCUGUGGCCCUGUACGAUCCUCAGGAGAGAACCACAUUUGCCAUUCUGAACGGACACACUGCUCGGGUGAAUGCUGUCCAGUGGGUACACAGACCAGACUGUGGUCCCGAAACAGAGCUGGUGUCAGGAGGGUCUGAUAAUAGCGUAAUUGUCUGGACGAACGUGGACGGCCAGAAUCCAUCCUCAGUGAAGUGUGUUGGACACACUGGUCCAGUAUGUGCAGUGGAUGCUGUUCCCCUGGACUGCUCUCAGCUGCUCGUUGCAUCUGCAGCAUCGGACUCCACGGUGAAGCUCUGGCUCAGAGGUGGCGAUGGGAAAGUGGAAUGCCUGCAGACGCUGUCUUUUGGGAGUGGCUUCAUGAUGGAUGUCUCCUUGGCACUGUUGCCAGGCAGCAGAGUACCCAUUCUGGCCUGUGGGGGAGAUGACAGCAAGAUUCACAUCUACGUGCGGCAUAGUGAUCAGUUCCAGAGGGUGCUGUCUCUCCAAGGUCAUGAGGACUGGAUCCGUGGCGUGGAGUGGGCAGCCAGAGAUGGGGAGCUGCUGUUGGCCAGCUGUGCUCAGGACUGCAUGAUCCGCCUGUGGAGGCUCUUCUCCAAGGCCCCGCCCGAGGAGCCUGACCAGGAGGCUGGCCAGGGGGAGCCUGUCCUCCGGCUCAAGGAGGACGUCUUUGAAGUGGCAGAGAAUGGCACUUCGUCAGUCUUUGCCAUCUCUCUGGAGACGGUGUUGGCUGGUCACGAGAACUGGGUCUAUGGUGUGCACUGGCAUCCAUCACACAUCAAAGAUGGGAAAGUGCAACAGCCGCUGAGCCUGCUGUCAGCGUCCAUGGACAAGACCAUGAUCCUUUGGGGCCCGGAGGAGGACUCGGGUGUGUGGGUAGAGCAGGUGCGGGUCGGCGAGGUCGGGGGGAACACCCUGGGCUUCUACGGCUGCCAGAUGAGUCCGGACGGGUCCAUGAUUCUGGCACACGCCUUCCACGGAGCGCUCCACCUGUGGCAUCGAGACGACAGCCAGGAGCAGGCCUUGUGGAGUCCAGCUGUGGUCAUCUCGGGCCACUUUAACUCGGUGCAGGACCUGAGCUGGGAGCCGGAGGGGGAGUUUGUGCUGAGCGUAGGCUCUGACCAGACCACCCGACUCUUCACACCCUGGAGGAGGAGGGGCUGCACCCAGCCCACCUGGCAUGAGAUCUGCAGGCCUCAGAUCCACGGUUACGACAUGCAGUGUCUGGCGCCCGUGGGCCGCUUCCAGUUCGUCACGGGCGCCGACGAGAAGGUGCUGCGCGUCUUCCGCGCCCCCCGCAACUUCGUGGAGAACUUUGCCAACAUCUCCGCCACCCCCCUUGACCAGCUGCUGGCCUCCAACGACACCGUCGACUUACCGGAGGGAGCAAGCACACCUGCACUAGGCCUGUCAAAUAAAGCUGUCUUUCAAGGUGACCUGAUAUCUCAGACUGGGAAACAGGGAGACGGAGAUUACAACAGUGUAUCAGACCAGUAUAAAGAGACUCACUUCCAGCCCCGCACUCUCACAGCACCUCCGCCCGAGGACCAUCUUCUCCAGAACACUCUAUGGCCGGAGGUCCAGAAAUUGUACGGCCACGGCUUCGAGCUCUUCUGUCUGGCGUCGGACGCGGCAAGGACACUCGUGGCUUCCGCCUGCAAGGCCUCUAAGGCGGAGCACGCGGCCAUCCUGCUCUGGAGCGCCACCUGCUGGCGUCAGCUGCAGUCGCUGCCGUGCCACAGCCUCACCGUCACGCAGAUGGCCUUCUCCCCGGACUCGCGCCUCCUGCUCGCCGUCUCGCGCGACCGCACCUGGUCGCUGUGGCGACGCGAGGAGCGGGACCCCGCCUCGGCCCCCGACAGCCCAGAGCCACUCUUCUCUCUGUAUGCACACACGACUAAGAACACGGCGGUACACACACGGAUCAUCUGGUCGUGCGACUGGAGCUCUGACAACAAGUACUUUGUGACAUCGAGUCGGGACAAGAAGGUGAUCGUGUGGGGUCACGGUGCUUCAGGUGACCCUGUGGCUCAGGGCACUGAGCCCAUCGUGCCGUGUUCCUCUGUGCUUGACGUGGGCGACUCGGCCACCGCUGUGGCCUUCUGCCCUUUCCCCUGCCCUGACGACAGCUACUUGCUGGCGGUGGGCCUGGAGAACGGUCAGAUCCUGCUCUUUAAGUGGAGUCCAGGAGCGGGAGAGUCGUCCACAGGAGGGGACUGGACCAAGUGCGGCGAGACGGACACCUCCCAGAGUCACACGCUGCCAGUGAAGCGGCUGCACUGGAGGCCGCGGGCCGGCCGGGCGGGGCAGGGGCAGGAGGAGGAGGAGGAGGAGGAGGAGGAGGAGGAAGAGGAGGAGGAGGAGGACCGGGAGGAGGAAGAGGAGGCCGCCUGGGUACAGCUGGCCAGCGCUGGAGACGACCACGCUGUCAAAAUCUUCAAUGUUAACCGACGGGCUCUGGAGCAGCAGGCUACAGGCGGUGACUGAGAUAACACACUUAAAUUUACACACACACACACACACACACACAUACACACACACUAUAUCUCUCUAGUCUAGUCUCUAUAUCUCUUCCUCACACACAUUAUUUCACUUUCAUCUUCUCUCUGGCUGCACUUUCUCGAUCCUUCUUUCUGUCUUUUUCAGUCCCAGUCACACACAUGCACACACACACACACACACACACACACAAAUCUGUUUUUGUCCCCCCCCCACACACACACACGAUCCCCACAAAUAGUCUCCCUUUCUCUCCGAGACACACACAAACCUGUUUCUUGUCUUUCCGCAUAUCCAUCUCUCUCUCUCUCUCUCUCUCUCUCUCUCUCUCUCUCUCUCUCUCUCUCUCUCUCU